AUGACUCACCUUGUGGAUGAAGAUCGAACCCGCGUAGAAGUGAUAGAUCACCCAAAUUACAGUUUCACGCAAGGCGUGGUCUACGAACCUGACACCAAAGAAUACAGUGAAGAGGAUCUUUUGAAGGAACUUAGCCGAGAAGGAGUUACUGCUGUCAAACGGAUCACUAACAAAGAUAAACAAACCGGUCUGAUCAAAAACACACCUCUCCUGAUACUAACUUUUAAAGGGACCAAAAGGCCAACCCAUAUUCUCUUUGGGAUGCUACGGAUCAGUGUUCGUGCGUAUUAUCCGUCCGUACUACAGUGCCGCAGCUGCGCUGCCUACGGCCACGCCCGUAAGCAUUGUACGAGCGAAGCGGUGUGUUUCAGAUGCUCACAAAAACACGAGCUCGACAAGGAUCAGGAUUGUCCGAACCCAGAGUACUGCUACCAUUGUAAAGGCGCUCACUCACCGAUCAGCAAAAGCUGUCCGGUCUUCCGAAAGGAGGAAGCAGUGGUUCGUAUUAAAGUUGACAAAGGUGUUACGUAUCGAGAAGCCCGAGACGAAGUUGAACGAACAAGCUCUCAAAGUUCAUACUCAAGCAAAGUUCAGAGUCGUUUGAACGAACAUUCCGACAAGGACCGAGAAAUUAAGCUGCUCCAAAAAGAAGUCGAGAAGCUCAGAGAUCAACUGAAAGACUUUGCGCUACUCAAAUCUCAACUCGAGGCUUUACAAGUUCUCCACCAGGCAGCCCUCAAAGUUAACCAAGAACCAUCUGGCAGUAGCCAAACGAGCAUUAGACCAACUGAUGACAAUAUGGAAACAGCUUCAAAAACCCGUGUAUCUAGAAUAGAUUCAGGAAAAAGAACUUCGGCAAUCAUUCACAAAAUCCCACAGAAUCAGACCACCUCAAACUCGCAACGAUAUUCUACUCGUAGCAUGAGCAGGAAACGGAGCUCGCAAACGCUUCCUCAAGCCGAAUACGAUAAAACAUCGAAAAAACCCCACGCUGAACAACCAAUUGAAUACGACAUCAUGCUGAGUUCCGAAGGACAUACAUCCGAUGACAACGACAACGAUGACUGA